CUUUGCACGGACUCUCAGUGACGUAUUUGCUAUAACCUCUAAGAACCGCCCUCUCGACAUUUUUUAACAUGAAUCUCAAUUUAUCUGCCUCACUAAACAUAUUUAAACUGCUGGCGAAGCCGUCAUUAUGUCUUCCCCAGGCAACGGUAGCCACCUUUGCCGACCUUCCAAUACCGCUCGACAAGGCGUUUGCGGGACAGAGAGAGAAGGUUGAUAUCAAGGCCGUGGUCUUGGACAAGGAUGACUGCUUUGCUUAUCCGGAGCAUAAUGAGGUCUACGACCAGUACAAGCAACGUUUCGAGGCAUUGCGAGCUGCCUACCCAGGUCGCCGUCUCCUGAUUGUCUCCAACACUUCUGGAGCCCAGAGUUAUGACCGUGAUGGAAAGCUCGCCGCUGCCGUUGAGAAGGCUACCGGCGUUGUCGUUCUUCCACAUCAGACCAAGAAGCCCGGGUGUGGCGAUGAAAUCAUGUCCUAUUUCCGCAAGCAUCCCGAGACAGGAGUGACCAGCCCAAGUCAGAUCGCCGUUGUCGGAGAUCGUUUGUCAACAGACAUUAUGCUGGCCAACAUGAUGGGAAGUUGGGGAGUCUGGGUCAAGGACGGCGUUGUUCCUCUGUCGGAGAAGAGCGUGAUGCCCCCACCCAGCACCGUAGGCAAAGGCGGCAAAGCCUGGAUCCGAGAAGAGGAGUUCCUCUUCUGGAAGAAACUCGUCCCGUUCACCAAGAAGCGCUGUGGUGAUGAUAUCGAGAAUAACGAGGAGCAUGAGUGGAAUUGGGUUGCCUCCGAGAUGAGGAAGAGGAUGAGGGAGAAGUACCUGAAGGAAGGGGAGCCUGACCGUAGGAAUUACACAGGACUCGCAAUGUUCGAGCAUUACUGGCAGAGUGCCCGUCAUAGACGCCCGACUGUUGCUGCUGGCCGGUUUCCCAACCGGUAUUGCAAUUUGGAAGCCAACGAAGAGCAAGUCCGGGAGCGCGACGAACGCCUCGUCGCCAUCCGCAAGAAGCGCCGUGAUGCCCGCAAGGCAGCGCGCAAGGCAGCCCGGGAAGCUCGCGAAGUCUGCGAGGCUGAAGAAGCCGCCGGCGGCAGUCCCAUCAGGGAGAGCACCGAGUCGGACAACAUCGACGCUGACAUGAGCGAUGACACCGAUGAAACCUCCGACAAUGACGAGGAAGAAACCCCCGAGUUUGACGAAGCAGAAGCCAUCCGUAAGAUGGAGGAGUCCACCAAGAUCAAGCAAGAGAGCGGCUCUGAGUACGAGUCUGACGAGGAGGACACCGAGUCUGAUCCCGACGCCAAACCCCGUCGUCGCAAGGGGGGCAAGAACAACAGGCGCGCUAGUAUCAAUAAGGAGAACCGGCGUUCAGGUUCGCCGGAGAUGACGCCUUUUGCAAAUAAUGGGACUAUGGCUGCUAAGAGGAGGGAGAGGUUGCGUGCUGGGGAGGAGAUGAGGAGGAAUAGGGAGAUGUAUGCGAUGUUGGGCAGGGGGGAGGGGAAUGGGGGUUGUUAUGGGGGACAGGAGCAGGGGCAGGGGCAGAUGAGAGGUUGA